CCUCUGCAGGGCACUCAUCUAGCCCUGCCUCUGGCUCAGCCUGAGCAUGGGGCUGGCCACCAGCUAGGCGGCGCUGUCCUUGGAGGUUCUAUGUCACAGCCCUUUAGAGAUCGGUGGUGCUGAAGGGCAGGGAUCUUAUUCUACCUUCUGAAGCUUCUGUCAAACCAGUUGUAAGGAGAAUGGAGGCAGCAGUGAGAGUGGAGUCCGGGGUCCUGGUCGGGGUGGUCUGUCUGCUCCUGGCAUGCCCUGCCACAGCCACUGGGCCUGAAAUUGUUCAGCCUGAAGUAGACACCACCCUGGGUCGUGUGCGAGGCCGACAGGUGGGCGUGAAGGGCACAGACCGCCUUGUGAAUGUCUUUCUGGGCAUUCCAUUUGCCCAGCCGCCACUGGGGCCUGACCGCUUCUCAGCCCCACACCCAGCACAGCCCUGGGAGGGUGUGCGGGAUGCCAGCGCCACGCCCCCAAUGUGCCUACAAGACGUGGAGAGCAUGAACAACAGCAGAUUUGUCCUCAACGGAAAACAGCAGAUCUUCUCUGUUUCAGAGGACUGCCUGGUCCUCAACAUCUAUAGCCCAGCUGAGGCCACCGCAGGGGCCGGUAGGCCGGUCAUGGUAUGGGUCCAUGGAGGCGCUCUGAUAACUGGCGCUGCCACCUCCUACGAUGGAUCAGCCCUGGCUGCCUAUGGGGAUGUGGUCGUGGUUACAGUCCAGUAUCGCCUUGGGGUCCUUGGCUUCUUCAGCACUGGAGAUGAGCAUGCACCUGGCAACCAGCGCUUCCUAGAUGUGGUAGCUGCUCUGAGCUGGGUGCAAGGAAACAUCACCCCCUUUGGGGGUGACCUCAACUGUGUCACCGUCUUUGGUGGAUCCGCCGGUGGAAGCAUCGUCUCUGGCCUGGUCCUGUCCCCGAUGGCUGCAGGGCUGUUCCACAGAGCCAUCACACAGAGUGGGGUCAUCACCACCCCAGGGAUCAUCGAGUCUCACCCCUGGCCCCUAGCUCAGAAAAUCAUAAACACCUUGGCCUGCAGCUCCAGCUCGCCGGCUGAGAUGGUGCAGUGCCUUCGGCAGAAGGAAGGAGAAGAGCUGGUCCUUAGCAAGAAGCUGAAAAUUACUAUCUAUCCUCUCACCGUUGAUGGCACUGUCUUCCCCAAAAGCCCCAAGGAACUCCUGAAGGAGAAGCCCUUCCACUCGGUGCCCUUCCUCAUGGGUGUCAACAACCAUGAGUUCAGCUGGCUCAUCCCCAGGGGCUGGGGUCUCCUGGAUACAAUGGAGCAGAUGAGCCGGGAGGACAUGCUGGCCAUCUCAACACCCGUCUUGACCAGUCUGAGUCUUGUUCUGUCGCCGAGGCUGGAGUGCAGUGGCCUGAUCUCAGCUCACCGCAACAUCCACCUCCCUCAUUCAAGCGAUUCUCCUGCCUCAGCCUCCCGAGUAGCUGGAAUUACAGGCGUGAGCCACCAUGCCCGGCCAGCAUUUUCAUUUCCAACUGGAACCAGCUCUGUUCUGGGAAGUCCAUUUUGGGGAGGAAGGAGAGACAGAAAGCCAGAAGGGCUCUGAGUCAUGUCAUUCCCCUGCUUGAAAGCUCCUGGUGACUCCAUGUCUCCCUUAGGACAAGUCCAAGUUCUCCACGUGCCACUGAAGUCCUGCUAUUCUCAUCCCCUUCCUUCCACCAGAGAAGUUCAUCUCCACAAGCUGGUAGAGCUUGACAAGUAGACAGGCCCUGGCCGGGCAUGGUGGCUCAGGCCUGUAAUCCCAGCACUUUGGGAAGCCGAGGCGGGCAGAUCACCUGAGGUCAGGAGUUCGAGACCAGCCUGGCCAACAUGGCGAAACCUUAUCUGUACUAAAAAUACAGAAAUUAGCCAGGCGUGCUAGUGUGCACCUGUAGUCCCAGCUACUAGAUAGGCUGAGCCAGGAGAAUCACAUGAACCCGGGAGGCAGAAGUUGCAGUGAGCCGAGAUCAUGCCACUGCACUCCAGCCUGGGUGACAGAGUGAGACCGUGUCUCAAAAACAAAACAGGCCCCAAUAAUACAGUGUGUAAAUGGGACACAAAGGGCUGUGAGGACACAGAGACGUAGACCAGCCCAGACUUGGGAGACAGGGAAGGAGGGACAUCUCAGCUGAGACCCGAGGAAUAAACAGAGGUUACUCAACUGUGUAGACCAGCGUAGAAGACUGGAAGGGUGGGGAGCGGGGGAAGGGCGUGCCUGGCAGAGGGAACAACAGGAGCAGAGGCCUGAAGGAUGCAAUGUGUGGAGGAAUCGCCGCUCUGCAGGGCUGGAGAGGUCAGCAAAGAGCAGACAUGAGAGGACUUGUGGGCUGCGUCGGGGGGCGGGCGGCAUGGACUUGAAACUCAUGGAAGCCCUGUUGUAUGGAGGAGGGUGGCUGGGAGAGGGGAGAGGAGCAGGAGAGCAGCGAGAACACGGAGGGCACCAGGGUGGGCUGCCAGGUGAAUGGAGAGGCACUGGUGGGCUCUAGAUUUAGAGUCCGCAGACAAGACCGGGCGACUGACCAGACACAGAGGUCAGGGAAAAGAAGCCCCGCAAGGGCAGCCUUAAGGCAAGCAGGAGCAGACCCGGAAAUCAGGGGUCUGCCGUGGGCCACCAUGGAUGUACAAAGAGGCCUCUUCCUCCGGACCUGACGGUGGCCCCCACAGGGCAGCCAUGGGGGUGGGGGGGUGUUACCAGGUUGGGUAUCGCCAACACCAGCAGGCCCUGGAGAGGGUGGGCAAGCCGGCUGCUGAGGCCUCAGACCCUGUCCUAGCUCCAGCCCUCUCCGCCAAGGGCAUCCUUCACCCAGGGAGGGAGGAGAAUGGUACCGCCCCAGGGGCCGGGGGAUAUGACCUGCCAGACAGAGGGGAUUCCAGGCCUCAUACCUCUCUAUUCUCUCUUCCCUGAGGCUCCCUGAGGGCCCCUCCAUGCCCUAGGACCCAGCAGCCAUGCAGAGCUGAAGGGAGCAAGCCAAAGACUCAGACAGGCGUGGCCCUGCAGGACAGGGACUGGUGGACCCGGGAGCCUCCCACUGGUAGGGCCACAGGAACGGCCAAGUGAACAGUGUAGGAGUGUGAGCACCAGGGGGCGCUGCAGGAUCAGACGUGCACACCUGGACCCCGCCACAGGAUGAGGUCCUAGCAGAUGCUUCCAGUAUCUAUCCAAGGCCAACCUUGGUUACUCACACAACCCGACGGUCUCACACACCCGCUCAUGGAUAGGGUUCCUACGAGUUCCACCAUUUACUGGGUGUGUGUCUUUUCUUUAUUUUAUUUCUAUUUUUUAUUUUUGUUGAGAUAGAGUCUCACUCUGUCACCCAGACCAGGGUGCAGUGGUGAGAUCUUGGUUCACUGCAACCUCUGCCUCCAGGGUUCAAAUGAUUCUUGUGCCUCAGCCUCCCAAGUAGCUGGGAUUACAGGCGUGCACCACCACGCCCUGCUAAUUUUUGUAUUCUUAGUAGACACAGGGUUUCACACCAUGUUGGCCAGGCUGGUCUCGAACUCUUGGCCCCAAGAGAUCCACCCACCUCGGCCUCCCAAAGUGCUGGGAUUACAGGCAUGAGCCACUGCACUCAGCCACGGAUGUGUAUCUUUGAGUAAGGUAUCCUCUUUGUUCCUCAGUUUUCUCAUCUGUAAAAUGAGAGUAAGGUUAGACUCCUUUCCUUGGUCUGGCUGUGAGUACUGAAACAUCAUUAGCAUAAAUCACCUAGAGUCGUGCUUGACACACUGCCGAUGCUAAAUAAGUGCUCCCUGGCACAGGUAUAAACACUCCGCUCGCAAUGUCCAAAAAAAUCGUAUGGCUCCUCAACUACAACUCAAACAUGGAAGAAUUGGGGUAUGUCAGGGAGCAUCAUAAUUUUGGCACAAGUCUCUUCCACCUCAAAAUAACUUCUGCGACUAGGUGCAAUUGCUCACGCCUGUAACCCCAGCACUUUGGGAGGCUGAGGCAGGCAGAUCACUUGAGGUCAGGAGUUCGAGACCAGCCUGGCCGACGUGGUGAAACCCCGUCUCUACUAAAAAUACAAAAAUUAGCUGUACGUGGUGGCGGGCACCUGUAAUCCCAGCUACUCGGGAGGCUUAGGCAGGAGAAUUGUUUGAACCCGGGAGGCAGAGGUUGCUGAGAUGGCACCACUGUGCUCCAGCCAGGGCAACAGAGGGAGACUCCAUCUCAAGAAAAAAAUAAAAAGAAAAAAGAAAUUUAAAUACUUUGGCCAGACGCAGUGGCACACACCUAUAAUCUCAAAAUUUUGGGAGGCUGAGGUGGGUGGAUAACCUGAGGUCAGAAGUUUGAGAUCAGCCUGACCAACAUGGUAAAAGCCUGUGUCUACUAAAAUUACAAAAUUAGCAGGGCAUGGUGGUGGGGGCCUGUAGUCCCAGCUACUCGGGAGGCUGAGGCAGGAGGAUCACUUGAACCCGGGAGGCGGAGGUUGCAGUGAGCUGAGAUGGCGCCAUUGCACUCCAACCUGGGCAGCAAAGCAAGACUCUGUCUCAAAAAAAAAAAAAAAAGAAAGAAAGAAAUUUAAAUACUUACCAGAAAAUAUUUACUUAAUACAAAGAAAGCAGUAAAGGAUAAAUUGAAGACAAAAAAGACACCAGACACAUGGAAAGCAAGAAUUAAAUUGGCAGUUGGUUUAUAGUGAACUUCGUGGGCCCACUUAUACACGAAUGUUUUUCAAGAAAUAUAUUAAACAUUUACGGAGAUUUGUAACAAAUUGAGAAAACUGGCAGAUGAACUGCCACCCCUGAGAUAUUGAGACCAACCUACCCUCUUUCUUCUCCUCCUCCUCAGCCUACUCAACAUGAAGAUAAGGAUGAAAACUUUAUGAUGACCCACUUCCAUUUAAUGAAUAGUAAAUACAUUUUCUCCUUUUUGUGAUUUUCUUAAGAACAUUUUCUUUUCUGUA